AUGCUUUGGCAUGCUUGGCACAUGAUGGCACAUGGAUUCGAUGGAUCCGAUGGAUCAGUCGUGAUUCGUCAGGGAAUUAAAGUCGAGCUGUCGCCUUAAGUCGGACACAGUCGGACAGUGUGCGAGGGGCAAGAUUGACCUGCCGUGUUUCGUUAAAAUUCAUCACUUUGGUGUUGAUUGUAGUGAAUAGUGAAGCCAGCUUAGCCAGCUCUUAUCGCGGUGUUUAUAAGAACGGACGAAUUGUGCGUUUGCGCAGACGUAUUACGAUCCGAGGUACGCGUCCGUGGAUACGCGUUCCAACGUGGUCUCUCAAACUUGAUUUUCGGCUGCGUCCUGAAUAAAAAAAACACUUGUGUACCCGUGCGAGCGAUUUGAUGCCUCACAUUGGAUAAUGGCACUGAUGCGGGGAUUACGAUCGUCUUUUGUCUUAGGAACGAAUUACGCAUUCACGUACAUGUCUAGUCAAGUUGUCCCCGCGAGAACUGUGUCUCUCAUGCAACCGCUCUUUAAGAAUAAAGAGGUUACUGUAACAUUUAUUAAAGCCAAUGGAGAAAAGAUAAAAGCAAAGGGAGAAAUUGGAAACAAUAUUUUAGAUAUUGUUGUGAACAAUGACCUUGAGUUGGAUGGUUAUGGAGCUUGUGAAGGAACAUUAACGUGCAGCACUUGUCAUUUAAUUUUUUCUAAGGAUGUGUUUGAUAAUCUUCCAGACAAACCUACAGAAGAAGAAAUUGACAUGCUGGAUUUGGCACAAGAGCGAGGACCAACUUCAAGAUUGGGCUGUCAGAUAAUCAUGACUGAAGAACUCGAUGGCAUUGAAGUAAGAGUACCAGCUACCAUUAAUGAUGCAAGACAAACAUAAUAAAUUCAGAGUUACUAUAGAUCUGAAAAACCGGGAUAAAUCAGGGAAAUUGAAAUUGAUCAUGGAAAACCGGGAAAAGUCAGGAGAAAGUGUAAGAAAGUCUAGAAUUUCGAAAUAUGCUUAAAAUUUUCUUAAACUGCUCUUAUUCCAAAUAUUUGUUAUAAUUUUUCAAAAAUUACAUCUGACAUUUUGUUAGAUCUUGUUAAAGGUGUUUAGAUAAUUUUAGACGUUUUAUAUCUACUCUUUUAGAUAUUGAUUCAAUCUAAUUAUUCUUUCCAAUAUAAUGCAACAUGUUAUGUAUAUGUAUAAU